AUCGAUCCAACGCGUCUGAGGCAGGGCGCAUGCGCGGUCACAGGUGUCAAAAUGGCGGCGGGGGUUGUGUUCAGGAGCGCGUCUUCAUGGAGGAUUUCUGCGUCUUCAUGGAGGAUUUCUGCGCUCAAACUGGGACAGAAGUUGCGGCAGCUCCACGCCUCCUCGUCCCUGCGUGACUCCGCCCCCUUGCCGCAGGCCGCCUUCUUCCCUCCAAACGACACCACGAUGCUUCCCCCAGAAUCCUUCAGGAACAGAGUCGCCUUCGUCACCGGAGGCGGGACCGGACUCGGCCGCGCCAUGACCCACGGGCUCAGCGAGCUCGGAGCGACCUGCGUCAUCGCCAGCCGAAAACUGGACGUUCUGCAGAAGACGGCGGACGAGAUCUCGGCUCAAACGGGAAACAAGGUGUUCCCGGUGCAGUGUGAUGUUCGGGAUCCUCGGGCUGUGGCUCAGUGUUUGGAUCAAAUGGAAGAACUCACAGGACUCCCUGAUGUGGUCAUUAAUAAUGCUGCGGGGAACUUCGUGAGUCCGUCUGAGCGUCUGAGUCCAAACGCCUGGAGGACGAUCGUCGACAUCGUCCUGAACGGAACCGCCCACGUGACCCUGGACCUCGGCAAGAGGCUGAUCCGGGACAAGAAAGGUUGUUCUUUCUUGGCGAUCACGACAAUUUAUGCCGAGUCCGGGUCUGGGUUUGUGGUUCCUUCAGCUUCAGCCAAAGCCGGAGUCGAGGCCCUUUACAAGUCUUUGGCCUCAGAGUGGGGACGAUACGGACUCCGCUUCAACAUCAUCCAACCCGGACCCAUCCGCACCAAGGGGGCGAACUCGCGCCUGGAUCCCACCGGAAAGUUUGAAGAGGAAUUGAUCGAGCGCAUUCCAGUCGGACGCUUCGGAACGCCGCACGAGAUUAAAAACCUCGCCCUGUACAUGAGCAGCAGCUAUGCCACCUGGAUGUCAGGGGCGGUGGUGCGCUUGGACGGAGGAGAGUACGUGUCGAUAGCUGGAGAGUUCAACGACCUCCGGAAAGUCUCGUCGGAGCUGUGGGACAUGAUCGAGGCCAUGAUUCGACAAACAAAAGGCUCCUGAGCCAAUCAGAAAGCUCCAUCGUGAUGUCAUCAGAGUGUGGGCGUGGUCUUCUGGGCAUCAGGUGUAAUUAUGUCAUGUUUUCUGUAAAUCCUUCUAAAAUAAAAAUCUGUAAAUACA